AUGAACAGAGUGUUGUCAUCCAUGUCUUCGGGCGCAUCACUGCCGCCAUUGCCUCCAAUGCCUGCCAUCGCCGGCGAUGGCAUCGAAUCCAAUGGUCUGCUCUCUCCAAGAGUUCAGUUGGCGCUCAUAAUCGGCGCACCGGUUGUGUUGGGAACCGGUCUUUGUCUCUAUUACUACUACUAUCGCCACAAACCCGAUGACAAGGGGAGCGACAGGAAAGGCAACUCAACUAAACCCAAGACCAUUGCCAACAAUGAACCCAAUCUAGAGGAUCCGCUGCAGCGGGCGAUUCACGUGAAGAAUUUGGGCAAUAAAUUCUUCAAAGACAUGAAAUAUCGAGAAGCGAUCGAUUGCUAUACGAAAGCCAUCAGAGAGUGUCCGACCAAUAAAGAGGAAGAGUUGGCCACUUUCUACCAGAACAGAGCCGCCUGUCAUGAGAUGCUGAAGAUGUACGAAGAGGUGAUCGACGACUGCGAUAAAGCUGUUGAACACAACAAACGUUAUAUCAAAGCAUUGGUCCGCAGAGCCAAAGCUUACGAAUCUUUGGGUGAUAUGAGUAGCGCUCUGUUCAACAUCACUGCUGUCUGUAUUCUGGAACAGUUUGGUAAUCAGCCCAACCUCUUGAUGACUGAUCGCCUGCUUCGGGAACAAAGCAAACUAAAAGCCAAAGCGCUGUUUAGAACUCGGAGCCCACGCCUGCCGUCCGAGCACUUCAUUGCCCACUAUUUCAUGUCGUAUUCCAACGAUCCUAUACUCAAGAGUUGCGAACCCAAAGACAUUAUCAAUCAUUUGGAAACUCUUCGUCUAAAACAAAACGAAUCCAAUAAAUCAUUGCAGGAAUUCCUUCUCUUAAAUGGAACGCUUGAGAUAUUGAAGGGUAAUAUCGAAAGCGGCGAAAAGGAGUUGGAAAAACUUAUCAAUUUAGACGAUUGUGAGAUUGAUAUCAAAGUGAAUGCAUUGAUUAAAUUGGGAACAAUUAAAGUGCAAGAGAUUGGCCGCGAAGACAGUUUCAAUUUGGCGCUCGAGUGUUUCGAGAGAGCAAUCAAAUUGAAUGACAAGAAUCCAGACAUUUAUCUCCAUAGAGCACAGAUCUAUCUAUUGUCUGAACGAGUGGAGGACGCCUACAAAGACUUAGAGCUUUGCUGUCAAUUGAAUGAUACAUUCGCCUCGGCUUUCGCUCAAAAACUAUACGUUCAGUUCCGGUGUGGCGUCAGAUAUAACGACGACUCCACUACCAAUAAAGCGCUCAAAGGUUUUGAAACUGCGAUUAAGAAAUUUAGCGAAUAG